CUACUAUUCUUUUCUUUUCAGACUUAGAUGGUAACUGCCGUACUAAAUAUAAUAAACUCCUUCUCCACAGAAGACUCCUCCUAUGUCUCUGCAUUGGCACUCACUCUCGUCCUCUCUGUGUUGGUGUCCUACACUCCGCCCGGCAAUGUGCGCCAGUGGAGCUGCACUCUGUCUGGACUCCUGUUCACUGUCCUCUACUGCAACUAUCAGGCAGUCCAUGUCUUAUUGUUCGUGGCAGCCACUUACACAGUCACUGUAUGCGUGUCGAUCAAGCAGUGGAAGCCAGUGACGUUCUUUCUCCUCUUCCUCUACAUCUCCACUCUGAGACUGCUGCACGUCUUCUCCAUCUGGCAACUGAACAACUUCGUCAACGGGGUCCUCAUGAUUCUGGUGCUGAAGAUGAUAAGUGCUGUGUUCGACCACAGGGAUGCAGUUUACAACAAGAGACUCAUCAGUCAAGACGUAGUUGAUGAUGAAAUUCGGCUCAAGAGUGUCAAGAUGCCAGAAUACAAUAUGCUGGACUUAUUCCACUACUCUUUCUGCUUCAUGGGACUAUUUACAGGACCUAUCUUUACUUACAGAACCUACUACGAUUUCGUGCACCAAAGAUUCACACCCAAAAAAUCAGACAAAAUUCCAGAAAUACUGCAUCGUCUCAAAUUCUUCAUUAUUAUCAUUCCAUUGUUUCUGUUCUUUUCCAGAUACAAGUCGGCAUAUCUGCAUACAGAAGAGUUUGCAGAAACGACAGUUUUCUUUAAAAUAGCCUACAUGUUUCCGCUUUUUACAAUGUUCAGACUUCGUAUGUACUUCGGCUGGUUGUUAGCUGAGGUUUGCUUCGUCAUUGCUGGAUUUGGAGCUUACCCUAAAUGGAGCGAACCGAAACCAGGAAAGGGUCCAACUAAGAAUGCGUAUGAGAUUUACUCGCUCUCAACUAGUCUGACUGAUGGCAGUGGGUCGACGGGGGCUUCAGAGGCCGAAAGACAAGAGGAAGAGAGGGAUACGGAGUAUUCGUUUGAGACUGUGCGCAACAUGGACGUAGUGGGUGUGGAGACUAUGUUGACAAUGCAAGAUGGAGUGAGAUGUUGGAAUAUGUGUGUGCAGUGGUGGCUUGUGCAGUACACCUUCAAAGAGUGUCCUAUUAAGUCGAUGAGGAAACCAGCCACGUUCUUUGUCUCCGCUCUGUGGCACGGGGUCAGGUCAGGCUACUUCCUCAGUUUCAUGUGUGUGCCUCUGCUCAAUUUCUCAGCUGUCAUCUUCGAAAAAGCUUUCAUGAAGAAUGAAACAAUCCAGAAAUCGCGAGUAGUCUCAGCAAUCGUCACCGUUAUAUCAUGGGUACUUACUAAUCAGUACUGGAACUAUCUUAAUAUGGCGUUCUACUUGUUAUCAGGAGCUCAGACUCUGAAAUUCUGGAGCCAGAUAUAUUUCUUGUAUCAUGGCAUAGCCAUUACUAUAAUACUGUGUAACUAUGUUGUGAAAAAACUGACCAAGAAACCCAAAGUAGAAAAGGAAGAUUAAAAGACGCUUCUGUAUGUCCAAGUUGAAGCUUGAAUAAAGUUUAUUGUUUAUUUAAAUUUCAUCAACCUAGCAGUGUAGCUUAGGUUCUAUGCCUGCAUUUACAAAGCAAGUAUGAUAAUUUAGCUUUAAAGAUACAA